AUUUAAUGGAAUUUUUACAAAAAUUAAUGGUUAUACCAUAAAAUAUCAUUAAUACCUUAAAGAAAAUGAAAUCUUAAACAGAUAAAGUUGAAAAUAUUUAUGUUGAACCUCUAAUAUUUUGCUAAGAGUCAAAAAUAGAAACAAUUUAUGUUUAAUAAUUUGAUCUUUCAGCAAAAAGAAAAAAAAUAACAUAGAAUUAAGAAACUCAAACAGAAUCAUAAUCCUAACCAGAACAAAUGUUAAAAAUAAAUUAAGUAACAGAGAUCGAUUAACAAAAGAAAAUAAAAAUUGGAUUAUCUACUUCUAAAUCUAAUAAAAAAUGCUCUAAAUUACUUUCUAAAUAGAUAAUACAAGAUGAAAAUAUAAGUAGAGCAUCAGAUUAAACAGAACCAUCAUAAUACUCAUAUUGCUAAAAUCACUUUUUGACAGUAUUAGAAUAAAAUGAAGAAUAAUAUAAAUUAGAAUAAAAAAAAAUAUACCGAAUUAAUCAAAAGAAUUAAAAAUAAUAUAGAAAUCAAAUACUUAAAAAUUAUAUAAGUAAAUUUAAAGAGAAAUAAAAUGACGAAAAAUAAAAUGAUGAGAAAUAAAUUUUAAAGUCUACAAGAACUCAAUCCUCCGAUGAAAGACAAGAUAGUAUAGAUUAAAAGGAACAAGAAAAUAACUAAUAAAAACAAACUCUGGUUUGA